AUGGCAGACACUAGACCAGCUGAAAAAGAUGAACAGCAGAAACAAAACACGCCACGCAAGGUGAUGGAAGAGCGUGUCAAAGGCGUUGUUAAGUGGUUCAAUGUGAAGGCUGGAUAUGGCUUUAUCAACCGUCAGGACACAUCCACGGACAUAUUUGUGCACCAAUCGGCGAUUUCACGUAACAAUCCAGAAAAGCUUCAGCGUUCACUCCAGGAGGGGGAAGAGGUGGAGUUUUAUGUUGUUGAGGGGGACAAGGGCGACGAAGCAUCUGAAGUGACAGGCCCUGGGGGUGAACCUGUUAAGGGCAGUGUGUACGCAGCUUUGCGUGGACGUGGACGCAGCCCGCGAGUGUUUAACAUGCGUGGGAGAGGUCGUGGGAUGGGACCUGGUGGAUUCUCUAGCAAUCAAGACUUUGUGCCUUACUACGGUCCUCGGGGUCGAGGUCGUGGCCGUGGUGGCUCAGAAAUGUAUGGAGGUGGUUACGAAUUUAUGGAUCGUGGUGGAAGAGGCCGUGGGUUCCGUGGACGUGGAAGGCCUCGUGGUCGUGGGUUUAGGGGAUCCGGUGGGUUCGAAUCUCGGGGUCGCGGUGGUCCUCGUGGAGGAAGAGAUAAUUAUCAUAACGAGGAUGGCUCACCGGAUAUGCGAGACGCUUAA